AUUUGUCUUCUAUCUGAUGUUGUUUUCUCUUCUAUGUUUCAGUGAAACUGUUCUUCUGCCAUUAUUAUGUGUACCUGAAACCAAUCAAAACAACAUUGUUUCAUUUCAUCUCUUUGAUUGAAACUAAUCUAGGUUACAUUUAAGGAAAAAAAUGUUUGCUUAUGGUAUUGUUCAAAAUUUUAGUUCUGUUGCCCCUUGUUUUCCAAGUUGUUGUCAAAAUCGAAACUUGGCUCUUACCCAUCAUCAAUUUCGUUCACCCAAUUCCAUUUUGAAGUUAAAGAACCCAACUUUCCUCUCAAACACACACUUCAAGGUAUCCAGAAGCCUGAAACCUCGCUCCAAUUUUGUAGUUUUUGCAGCACAGUCGAAUAUUUAUAAAGUUCUGCAGAAUGCAUGGAGAGUUGGUAAGGAUGGAGUUGAGGCAGGCACAAAUCUGGUUCCUAGUUCUAUACCAAGACCAAUAGCAAGGAUUUCAGUAACUUUUGUGGCUUUGAGUGUUUUCCUUUUUGUAUUCAAGUCUCUCAUCUCUACAGCUUUCUUUAUAUUGGGCACCAUAGGACUUGCAUACUUUGCAUACCUAGCAUUUAAUAAAGAUGAAGGACCGAGCGGUAAUGGAGGAACUACCACUACCACCAGUCCUUUGGAUGAUGAUCCUGUGGAAGAAGCUAAAAAGAUAAUGGAAAAAUACAAGUAAUAGCAUCUUAGUAAGUAAUUUUGAACCACUCAAUUUCUACAUUAUACAUAUUUUAGAUGUAAAGUUGUAAUACUGUUAGUUUUAAUGAGAAAGGAAAAACUUUGAUAGAAUGGAAUUUUCAUCAUAUAUACAGAUGUUGUUUUUCAUUUAUUAACAGAGUCUCAAUGCAAAUGACAUUUUUAUUGCACCGAUAUCA